CUAAUGUUAAAAUAAAGUUGCCACCGGACGGUUUUCCACGCAGCACAGCGUUUCGGGGCGGAAACGGAGGAAAAUCAGCUAUUAUGGCGGAGACACACAGCUUGCAGGAUCUGAGGCAGCAGGCCACCGUCGCCUCCAAAGUGUUUGUUCAGCGCGACUACACGUCAGGAACCAUCUGCAGAUUUCAAACCAAAUUUCCCACCGAGCUCGAGACCAGGAUUGAUAAGCAGCAGUUUGAGGAGACGAUCCAUAUGCUGAAUAAUCUCUACGCCGAGGCGGAGAAGCUGGGAGGAAAGUCGUAUUUAGAGGGCUGCCUCGCCUGUCUCACUGCCUACACCAUCUUCCUCUGCAUGGAGACUCACUACGAAAAAGUGCUGAAAAAGAUCGCCAAGUACAUCCAGGAGCAGAAUGAGAAGAUCUACGCUCCUCUGGGUCUGCUCCUCACUGACCCCAUCGAGAGAGGACUCCGAGUCGUGGAGAUAACCAUAUUUGAGGACAGAAGCAUCAGCUCAAGAUAAAACACACCAAAGCAGUAAAUGUGAAGCUCUGACCUGCUGGAGUCAGGAGUCUUCUUCACGUCUCGACUGCUCGUCAUCACCCUGUUUCUCAGCGCAGACGCUCCAUUCUAGUCCAUCAUGUUGUUCUGUCCUCCUCCCUGCAUUCCUCCCAGGAGAGCGAAAGCUGACCAGCUCUUCCUUUAGAAAGUUGAGCUUACUUCAUUUCUAAGCCGUUCGUGUUUUUGAAAGUUCCGUCUUAAUUACUGGAAAUUAUUUUAAAAGCAACAUGUUUUCUAUAGUGCUCCUUUUAAAAUGGUUUCUGUUUCAGGUCGCCUUUUUUUUUUAAAAUCCUGUUUGUUUUGUAUAUAAAUAUAUAUAUCUAUAAAUAUGCGUGUGUUGAGUGAAGGCCAGGUAAUGUGUACAGUGUUGAUUGGCCACACGGCUGCAGUGUUCAGCGAGACGGCGUAACUUCAGUAACCAUGUAAUCAACGGCAGACUUUAUAAAUUGACUACAAUAUGAUCUUACAAUUAGAAUUCUAGGUUACUCCGUUUCAGUGACCGUUCGUGUUAAUAUACCGAUUGUACAGAGUGACAGGAGCUUCUGUUAAAGUUGCUCCUCCAAUUGCAAGUGAUCAUGUGACCAGCACGAGCAUUUCUGUUUACUCCUUCGCCUUGACGACAGCUACCUAAAUGUACCAUCAGCUAUCGGCCUAUCGAGCCCAGUUAACGUUAACGCUCGAGGAUUUACUCUAUUGUGUUAUUACACUGAUUUUAUACAUCACACAGUACAAGUGAUCAAGCUUGUGAUUGGCUGAUUGCAUUGAUCUCGCAGACCUCAGGAUGCCUGUUACUUUGCUAAAUCAGGACAUUCAUUCAUUUUAUAUUUUAGAUCUAUUUACUCAAAUUUAUCCAAUACAGACACGUUAAAGACGACUGUCAGUAUACUGCCUUAUGAUUAGGACAGAAUUUAUCACCACAUGUUUAGUCCUUGUGUGUUAAAUAUAACAGUAUAACUAAUUAUCAGCACCUAAUAUAUAGAUACAAUGUACAUUUUAAUCUCUUUACCACAGAUUAGUUAAUGAUGUUCAAUUCAUUUCAUCCACAUGCAGUGAUUUUUGCUUUGAACACGACCCAAGAAAACACUAACACUCACAGAUUAACCCUGGUCCUAAACACACUUACACCAUUAUUAAACACUCUACCUAUAAAUGUGUGGAUGGUCCUGCACUCAGACCGUGUGUGCAAACCAACAGCCAGGUUUUAGUCUAGUUGGCACAAAGCUGUUUGAUUUCAAUUCGUGGCCUCUUUGUAUCAAUACCGAUGCUGUAAAUCCCUGAUAAAUUAGACACCAUAUUUAUUGGAUUUGUGAGCACAGCUGCCAUUUGUAUCUUUGUUGUAUCAUAAUAAAAUUGUCUUUUCUCGAAA